GUGUAGAUGGAUAUUUCCAUUCUUGUGCUAUCGAGCAAAAGUUCGAAUCUUCAAAGUUCCAUUCCAUAUGGUCAAUUUCUUUUUUAUUGUCGCGCUCAACAGCGGGAACGGAUUCAGCGAGAAAGGCAACCACAAUUUCAACGGUGACACAGAAUUUAUUUGCCAUCUUCCACCAGGAAGAAGCAUAUAAACUUUUUUUUACUAAUCAGCGCUCAAGUAUUUGUAGUUAGCAAAGAAAUUGAAUCCUUAUUCCUUACAGCGCAGAUGUGAUUUCAGUGAAAGUAAAACAGAGUCUCAGGAUUGGAGAUUUUUUCUGAACUUUUUUCAGGUGUGCCGUUUCUUGCUGUUAAAAUGAACGUGGAGAGUCAAAAUAAGAAGAAAGAGUAUGCUGCUGAUAUUUCCUCCAUAAAGGAAGCCCGGAUACGUAUUCGACCUUUCAUCCAUCAAACCCCAGUUUUUUCAUCUGAAACUAUCAAUGCUGCUUCAGGAAAACAACUUUUCUUCAAAUGUGAAUGUUUCCAGAAGGGUGGAGCUUUCAAAUUCAGAGGUGCCUGCAAUGCUAUAUAUUCACUUGAUGAGGGCGAGGCUGCUAAAGGGGUUGUGACACAUAGCAGUGGCAACCAUGCUGCAGCUUUGUCUUUGGCUGCAAAACUGCGCGGAAUCCCUGCAUAUAUAGUUAUACCAGAAAAUGCUCCAAAAUGUAAAGUUGAAAAUGUGAUACGUUAUGGUGGUCAGAUUAUUUGGAGCAAAAGCGCAAUACAGUCAAGGGAAUCGGUUGCUGCGAGGGUUAUGCAAGAAACUGGUGCACUUCUCAUACACCCAUAUAAUGAUGGGCGCAUAAUAAGUGGGCAAGGUACCAUCUCGUUGGAGCUUCUGGAACAAGUCCCACAAUUAGACACUUUAAUCGUUCCCAUAAGUGGUGGUGGUUUGAUAUCAGGAAUUUCAGUGGCUGCAAAGGCCAUCAAUCCUGCCAUCCGGAUUUUUGCUGCAGAACCUAAGGGAGCUAAUGAUGCAGCCAUGUCAAAAGCAGCUGGUAAGAUAGUAACACUGCCAGAAACCACCACCAUAGCCGAUGGUCUUCGAGCUUUUCUCGGCAACCUGACCUGGCCAAUAGUAAGAGAUUUGGUGGAUGAUGUAAUAACUGUGGAGGACACAGAGAUAGUUGAAGCAAUGAGACUUUGUCUUGAAAUUCUGAAAGUUGUUGUGGAACCAAGUGGGGCAAUAGGUCUUGCUGCUGUUCUCUCUGAUAGUUUCAAGCAAAACCCUUCAUGGAAGGAUUGCAACUCCAUUGGCAUUAUACUUUCUGGAGGUAAUGUUGAUCUUGGCAUGCUUUGGAAUUCUUACAAAAAAUGAAGCUCGAUCCUCAUUUAUGGAUUCUCGAUUGUUGAUCUGCCGAUGCUUCUUCUGUGAGCCCUUACCAUUUGACUUUUCAUUCCUUGGGAGACUUGUUUUCAAUCCUUGCUGAUCAUGUGAGCAAAUAUAGUCAGUUGAUUCCUGCAGGUUGCAAUCAUUUUUUUUUUUUUUUUGGUUUAAAUGUUUACACUGUUAGUUUCUUCUUUGAUAGAUUGAUUUUAACGAUGGAAAAUGGAGUUUGACAUGCUAUAAUAUGGAAAUAACUUCAAUUCCAAGAAGUCAUAUUUGUUGGAACAUUAAUAUGGAA